AUGUCUCGUAUACGUAAAGAUUUAUCGCUUGCGCAAAAAUUAGAUAUUCUAGACAAAAUUAAAUUACAGCCACCAGGCUGUAGUACUCGUCGUCUUUCGGAAAUUUUAGGAGUAUCAAAAUCAACAAUCGCGCGAAUUCAACUACAAGAACAGUUUUUGCGAGAACAAGCUCUUAGCCAAGUGACAACGCGGAAAAGGAAACGAGAGGGUAAAGAUGCAGAUGUAGACGAGGCACUUACACAAUGGUUUACACUGGCUACUAGUCGGGGCGUUCAAGUGUCGGGUCCUAUAUUAAAAGCUAAAUCCGAAGACCUUGCAAGAUCACAUGGUGAAAAAGCUAGUGCAAAUUCAGAGUAUGCCGAUGAAUGGAAAUUUACAAAAUUACCACAGAUUCUUGCAAAAUUUUCUUUCGAUGAUAUUUAUAACGCAGAUGAAACAGGAUUGUACUAUCGUGCAACUCCAGAUGGUUCUCUGUGUUUUAAACACGAAUCGAUAGCUGGAUCAAAAAAAGCUAUGGACAGAAUAACUAUACUGUGUUGUGUGAACGCAAGUGGGACUGACAAAAAAAAGCUUUUAGUGAUAGGAAAAAGUAAAAAACCUCGUUGUUUUCAAAAAAUGUCUUUACAAAAAUUACCGGUUGAGUAUCAUGCAAAUAAAAACGCAUGGAUGACUUCGGCCAUUUUUACCGAUUGGUUGCAACGUUGGGAUAGUGAGUUGAACAAAACAAAAAAGGCUAUAUGUCUCGUCUUAGACAACUGUACUGCCCAUCCUAAUAUAUCUUUGAAAAACAUCAAGCUUGAGUUUUUACCACCUAAUACAACGUCACUAAUUCAGCCUUUAGAUAUGGGUGUUAUCCAAAAUUUAAAGGUUAAGUAUAGAGCAACACUGGUCAAUUACAUUUUAGAAAAGAUUGAAGACAAUUUACUUGAAUCAAAAUCAACAGCAAUAGAUAUCAGUAAAAAAAUUAAUAUCCUACAAGCAAUUCAAUUUAUUUCAGACAGCUGGCGUGAUUUGGAACCUAAUUCCGAAGAAAAUGAUAACGUAAGAGUGCUAAAUAACGUAGAAUUUGAACAACUGGAUUCAAAUGUACAAUGUUAUGACCAAAAUGAAUACGUCGAUGAUGUAAUUAUUCAAUCCAUACAAUAUCAACAUAAUUCAGAUGAAGACACGGACGAGGAACCAGAUCCACCAAUCCGACUACAGGAGGCAAAGAAAUCUUUGGAAACAUUGAGAUUAUUUUUUCUUCAACAAGGAAAUGAAGAAAGCCCGAUAAGUGCUUUGGAUACUUGUUCGGACUACAUUCGUCAACAAACAUUAAAAUCCAUCUGA